CGUCCCAGUUUGGGGCCGCAGUUCAAGAAGGAUAUCGACAAACUGGGCAGAGUGUAGCAGAGGACCACCAAGAUGGUGGAGGACUGGAGCCCAUGACACAGGAGGAGAGGGUCAAUGAAUGGUCCUUGAAGAUAAGGAAAGAAAUGAGAGUGAUUGAUAGACAGAUCAGAGAUAUCCAGAGAGAAGAGGAGAAGGUGAAGCGGUCAAUAAAGGAUGCUGCCAAAAAGGGUCAGAAAGAUGUGUGUGUGAUCUUGGCGAAGGAACUGAUCCGCUCUCGAAAGGCUGUAAGCAAACUCUAUGCAUCCAAAGCUCACAUGAACUCUGUUCUCAUGGGGAUGAAGAACCAGCUUGCCGUUCUGAGAGUAGCAGGCUCAUUGCAGAAGAGCACAGAAGUCAUGAAAGCUAUGCAAAAUCUAGUAAAAAUCCCUGAAAUCCAAGCAACGAUGAGGGAGUUGUCCAAAGAGAUGAUGAAGGCUGGUAUUAUAGAGGAAAUGCUGGAGGACACCUUUGAAAGCCUGGAGGAUCAGGAGGAAAUGGAAGAGGAAGCAGAGAUGGAAAUCGACAAAAUCCUUUUUGAAAUUACAGCUGGGGCCUUGGGUAAAGCACCAAGUAAAGUCACAGAUGCUCUUCCAGAGCCCGAACCCAUGGGAGCGGCUGCUGCUGUUGACGAGGAGGAAGACAUUGAAGCGAUGCAGUCACGGUUAGCGACCCUCCGGAGCUAAGGAGGAAACAAAAGUGUACAGUUUGCCUUUCUUUUUUUUGCAAUGGGAUAUUCUGUCCUACUUUCAAAAUGCAAAACUUAAUAUGUGAGAAUACUUUAUGUAAUAUAUAUAAUUUUUUUUUUCUUCCUGGGGAUUGUAUUCUCCAAGAAACUACUGUAAUAUACUUCUUGGGGAGUGCAGUCUGUAGAGAUUAUCUUACUGCUUUCUGUUCGGCCCGUCUCCCCUGUGAGAGGCUGUGGUGAAAUGGCAAUGGUGGCGUAACGUUAUGUAUUUUUAGAUA